AUGGUCACAGAAAAUGGAAGCUCUCGACACCCCCCGUUCUUGGGUGAUUUAGAUCAACGAGAAGGGCGGCGAAAACCCUACCCCCCGCGGCCGGAUCCUUUGAUGAUUGAUCCUCGUGUGAUGCACAGCGUUCACCCGGCUCCAAUCUCGUCUCCACGCUCUCCGCGCGCCCACCCACCGCGGUCCCAUUCGCCACUCCCUCCGCCAGCAGUCCCCUCGACCCUUCACCGACCAGAUGGUCCACCGGGCGCUUUACGAGGCAGAGGGUUGAGUCAUGCUCCUCACUUCACGUCGUCAGCCGACCGCGCGCCUCCCGUUCGAUACUAUCAUGACGCCCGAGACGCGGAUAUGGACCGGCCCAAUCACCGUAAUGCGCCAUCCAAGAGGGGCGGCCUUCGAAUUUCCAUGUCGACUUCUCGGCUGCCAAACAGGCGGCCACGGCCGCGCAUGUCUCCUGAGCGUAAACAGGACUCCGGUGCUCGUGGCCUGCCUUUGCCGCGAUUCCCAACCCAGGGACCAGCCGAGACAGACGCACUCCGGACCAGUUUCAAUUCCACGGUCACUUCGCGAUCCAGUACUGAACAACAAUCCGGCACGGAACGGAGUAGCGUCAUGACCAAGGGCAGUUCGAUCACCGACCUUUCUCCUGAUACACCAGAUGCACCGUGCGAAAUAGACCAAGGCAUGAGCGUUGAAGACGCAAUCUCCAUGUACCUCGAUGGAUUCAGUGAUGUGGCAGAGGAACCACCAUCACCAACUUCACAGGCGGAACACGAAGACUUUCCGACGACGCUCGCUUCUGGGGUUGAUGUACUCGGUUCAGACCCUACGGAAUCUUUACCUCCGCGGACCGCUUCAUCCGACCAUGAAUCCACGAAUUCCUCUUUUACACAACCCGAGAUGCAACCAAAAGAAGAGGCGACUCUUCAAUCUACACAGCCUUCGACAAGCGAACCUUCGCCAGAGGUCGUCGCUCCGCCAGAAAUCACAUCUCCGCCGCUCACCCCACCUCUCCCGACCACUGCAGACGACUCUCCCUCACAAGACUUGACAUCUCCGCAGAAAACCCCAUUACCCUCACCUAGGAAUAAACAGCGAAAACCUUCGAAAAUUCUCAUUCCUGGCAAGGUGCCUCCACCGCUUGCGGCCGCCAAUUCCACCCGUGACGAAUAUGGGUUCCGGAAAGCGACGCAAUACGUGACACUCGACCAGUACGAAGCUUGGAAGUCAGUCUACGCCCAGUAUGCGUCGCAUCGGCGUAAUAAAUGGCUUGACAUGCUUCAAGAGCAUAGUCUCCCAACCUCCAAUCCCCAUGUUUUCCCUCUUCAAUCCUCCAAAGUCAAGAGAUUCGUCCGCAAAGGAAUACCGUCGGAGUUUCGAGGCGCUGCUUGGUUCUGGUAUGCUGGCGGCUACGAGCUCUUAAACCGGAACCCUGGCCGCUACAAACAACUCGUGGAAGAGGUCAUGUCGUCGCCUACGAAUGAUGAUAAAGAGCACAUUGAACGAGAUUUGCAUCGGACUUUCCCGGACAAUCUUCAUUUCAAACCCGAACAGCAAUCAGAUACCACCGGAUCUUCCAGUUCAAAUACCGUUACCGAGACGCAAAUGAUUCAAUCUCUGCGCCGAGUACUCUAUGCGUUUGCGCUUCACAACCCCAAGAUCGGCUAUACGCAAUCCCUCAACUUCAUCACCGGUAUGCUUCUUCUUUUCCUCCCGGAAGAGAAAGCGUUCUGGAUGCUCCACAUUAUCACCAGUGGGUAUCUGCCCGGCACUCACGAGGUGAGUCUUGAGGGUGCAAACAUUGAUCUGUGGAUCCUUAUGGUUUUGCUGCGAGAUUCCAUGCCCGCCAUCUAUGGAAAGGUUGCCAGCAUGGAUGGCUCGACCCCCACUCGUGGCAAAGCUCCCGCUCUGAAUGUGAACUCACGGCUUCCCGACAUCACUUUGGGCUUAACCAACUGGCUCAUGUCGGUCUUCAUCGGGACUUUGCCGCUCGAGACGACCUUGCGGGUAUGGGAUAUCUUCUUCUACGAGGGAUCCAAAACAUUCUUCCGUGUUUCAUUGGCCAUUUUCAAGGCCUGCGAGAGGGACAUCCUUGCUGUCUCCGAUCCAAUGGAAGUGUUUCAAGUGAUUCAAACCGUACCCAAGAGACUCUUGGACGCAAAUAGUCUUCUUGAAGAUUGUUUCGUGCGACGUCACCGCGUUGGCCAAGGCCGCAUUGAAGAGUUACGAGCUUCGCGACGAACAGCGGUCCGGCAAGAGAAGUUGCGACGUUCGGUUGCGUUCAGCAAAGGCCAGAUUCAGUCUGCGACUGAUAAUUUCCCGGAUAGCUCGCGGAAUCAAAGCCCCGAUCUUGAGAAUCGGGUCGCGAGCUCUUGGCGCAACCUCCGGCAGCACGCUUUUCAUCGGGAGCCCACUCAAUGA